CAUUGAUCUGCUCAGUCAUGCUGCAAAAUAAUGAAGCAUGCAAAUUCUGCUUUACAAAAUACAAUUACAAAAUGUUAUAAAACAAGUAAAAGAAAAUGAAUAGCAUGUGUGAUGUCACCAGAAAAACAGUGGGACCUUUCUUAAGACUUGGACUUUAUUAAGACCGUGGCAAAUGAUCAAACAGGACUUCAAGACUUCAGGCAUGAUAGACGUUUUAAAGAAAGUUUACCACAUAGCUGCUUUCUUCUGGUAUGCUUUUCUCAUUCAGGCUAUUUAUGCAAAAGGGAUUUCAGAUCUGCCACCUGGAUUAUUCGUCUACGGUGGAACCUGGAAAUAUCUUACGUUUUUGAAUCUGGUCAUACAGAUGCUGUUUUUUGGAAUGGGAUCCAUAAAUGACCUCCAACAUGUGGAGAAAGACUCGAAAGUAUCACCUCUCUGUCUUUGCAAGGAUCUUCUCUUUUCUGUCUUUGUGUUUCCAGUUGGGAUGUUUGUAGUGGUACUGUUUUGGGUUAUUUAUGCCUAUGAUCGACAGCUGGUCUAUCCGGCUUCAAUGGACACACUUUUCCCUUCAUGGCUGAACCAUGCUAUGCACACUCCCGUUCUCCCAAUAUUAUUGGGUGAGAUAUACCUGGAGCCACAUAUCUAUCCUAAAACAAAACACGGAUUAGCUGCUUUGGGAAUCGCCGGACUUGCUUACCUAGGAUGGGUCAUUUGGGUGUAUCAGAUUGUGGGAAUCUGGGUUUAUCCAUUAUUGGGGAUGUUUAGCAGUGCAGGCUUGAUUGUUUUCUUUUUUCAUAACAUGCUUGUGGUGUCACUGUUGUACUUACUGGGACAAACUUUAAACCAAAAGUUUUGGAGUGAUAAAAAAGGAAUUAAUUUCUGAUAAUAUGUUUAAGUUUUUAUUGUAACAUUUGAGGAAAAACAUGCCUGAAGAAAUAUGAAUAGUUUGCACACUAUAAAAGAUAAAAUAUCAAUAUAAGUUUUUGUUUUACUUUAACUUAACAAAUGAAGUUAAUUUUAGAAAGAGACCAUCCAUAAGAAACAAAAGCCAACAUGUAUUGCACAUGUUUUAGGAAAGAGCCGAGCAUCCUCAUCAUGAUUUACGUAUCUGAACCCAUCAGUGAUGUUACUCUGCUUUGGUGCUGGACCUGGGGCUGUUCAUUAAUAUUCAUUCAUUAAUGCAUGAGAUCACUUUUGACAGGUAGUGUGUAUAUAUAUAUUUCUGUGCUGUUGUUGCUAUGUCACAUACCUUUAUGAAGGAGCUUUUAACUCGAUCUCUACUGCACCUCUAUAACAUUGUGCCCUACAUCUCAAGUAUGUGCCUGACUGAAAAGAUUAAUAAAAGAUGAAAUAGUUUAAUGAAGGUAAACACAUCCUCACUGGGAAAUAUAUGGCUGAUUUUUAAAUCUGUUUUAAAAGUUAUAUCAGAGUAAUUCAGUCUUACCAUUGCAGCAAUGAUAAAUAUGACGAUUUAAAACAACAAAAUAGCCUGUAGGUGGAAAACACUUCAAUAAGGAUUAAAUUAGGCAUUUUUGUAUGCACAUUACAUAUGAUUACAUUUAUGUAUUAUAUACAUUGGCAAGAAAACAUAUGUGAACCCCUAAAAAAUGGACUAUAGUGAUUUUCCAUAAAAUGUAAUCUGAUCAAACACAAUGUGCAUAAGUUGACAACACACAAAUCAUUUUUAUUUCUUGUGUCUUUUUUGAAAACACCCAUUAAACAUUCACAGUAGAUGAGGAUCAGAUCACAUUUAAUGACAAAUCACUGUAGAAAAACAUUCAUUCAUACGGGUCCACAUAUUUUGUCUUGCCACUAGUAUUAGGCUAUAUAAAUAUACAAUUGAUUCAUAUGUCAUCAAGCCUGGUUUAUUUCAGUUAACUGAGCAUUACAUUACCAAGUCAUGAGCAUAGUAACAUAUUACAACCUGUCUGAAAUUCAGUGCUUAACUUCAUAUCUAUCCGAUAGACAGCAAUUUAUAAGAAUAGGUAAGAAUAGAUCUCGUACUGUUACUAUUUCCUGUGGUGUACCCCAGGGUUCUGUGCCUGGGCCCCUAUUGUUUCUGAUUUAUGUGCUUAAACCCAACUUAGUCUGUCCAAUCCUUUCGCUUAUUUCUUGACUUCAGGAACUUAAAACCUCAUCAUAAAUGAAACAGAUUUGACAUAAAUGAAUCCACCUUUUAAGUUCUAAAAUUACAAACACAACCUAUGUGUUUAACAUGAAAAAACAGGUAAACUUACCUUCAGAUCAUCUGACAUGAUUGUUUUUUAUUUUUGUUUAUUUCUUCUGUGUUUGCUUUCUUAAGUGUAGUGAUUUAAGAACCACAGGGUCAAUGCAAUCCAGGACUACAGGUUUAGAUUUCAGCAAGUGAUAAAGCUAAACAAGGCCUCGUUUACACUGUCAGUGAAAUGUGACCCAAUUCCGAUUUUUUGCUUAUAUGUGACACAGAUCGGAUGUGUUCUAUGGCAGUGUAAACACGAAAAAACGCAUACAUUCGGAUAUUUUGAGGUCCGUUUCAGGCCUCAUUCAUAUGUGGAAAUAAAUCAGAUAUAAAUCAGAUAUGUGUCUAUGCGACUGCAGUGUAAAUGAG